AUACAUAUAUAUAAACCCUCUUCCUCAUCUAUCCUCCUAUCUCCAUCUUCUCUACAAUUACUUCAUCACCAAUGGCUGCAAAGCUUCUAAACCUCUUUGAUUUCUACUGGUUUCAGCAUCUAAUCUUCUCAAACAAGCCACCUCCACCAUCUCCUCCACCACCUGCCCCACACCCAGAUCUCCAAUUCUAUGAUCCCUUCAAGGAAUCAAACCUCUCUGAGCAUCUUCCUACUCUUCAUGUUAGGUCUCUUGGUGAUGCUGACCAGUUCUUGAGCUCCCAGGAGAGCUUCACCUUGGAUAAUUCUGUGUCCCCAAGCUCAGUCCUCCAGGCAUCAAAGCUCCAAAGAAUCUUCUCUGUGAAAGAACUUGGAGAAGGGUACCCGACAUUUGAUGAGACUGAUAGACCUAUAGAGAGAAAGGUUUAUGGUGGAAGGAGAAGAAAAGGGAGCAGAAAGAGCUUGUCAGAGCUUGAGUUGGAGGAGGUGAAGGGGUUCAUGGAUCUGGGGUUUGUAUUCUCCGAAGAAGAUAAGAAUUCAUGGCUGGUGUCCAUCGUUCCCGGGCUGAAGAGAUUGGGAAGAAAAAGCACUAGUGGCGGUGAAGAUCACGAUGAAGAAGAAGAUGGUGAGAACAUUGAAAAGAGUGAAGUUUCAAGGCCUUAUUUAUCAGAAGCAUGGGGUGUGUUGGAUAGAAGAAGAAAGGAAAUGGAUGGAUUGCUGAAUUGGAGAAUUCCUGCUUCUGCUAAUGAAAUGGACAUGAAAGAUCAUCUCAGACUUUGGGCUCACACUGUUGCCUCUGCUGUAAGAUAGAAACAUCAUCAUCAUCAUCACUGUUUGAUUCCUUUGCCUGUGUUAAACCAUUGUUUGUACGUAAAUAAAAAGAUGAGGAGAAGUUGAAUUA